GCAAAGCGAUGUAUCCUCUUUCCAUUCCCACUGAUUCCGUCUCCGGUCUCGCACACACUUGUGCAGCAGUGCUUUCUCGAAACAAUGGAGGGCACAGUGGAGAGUUCUACGCUGACGCGGAUUGCUCAAAUGCGGUUAGCCUGCGAAAGUGAAAUGCCAAUUCAGAAGCACAGACUCGACACGUUGGAUGAUUCCUAUAAAAAUAAUUUCGAUUCCGCCAAAUCGCAAAUUCAGCGAACCGUUCUGCUUCAAGGCAAACUUGAACAGGUUAAAGGCGAGUUGAAGGAAGCGGAGGAUGCUCUGGUGAAGUCUCUUGCUGUGAAGAAUCGGAAAGAGGCAAUGCAGAUGGCACUAAUGGAGUCUAUAUCUGCUACGAAAGCUGAAGUUGAUAAACUGAAAAAGAAUGUGCAGGACCAGAAGGAAAGGAAAGAUGGAUAUGCUGCUAUACUAUCUCAACAUUCUGAAGCUUUGACAACUUCUGAGAAACAAUGUAGUCAGAACAAGGAGCAUCAAGAACAAGUCGAGGAUGCUAUUUCAUGGUAUAACAAGGUUCUUGGCUUCCGUGUUGAAUCUGGUCAUGGUGUAAAAUUCAUAUUCACUAACAUUAAUUGUGAGAAGCUGGACGAGGAGUACUCCUUUACCCUGCGCCAUGAAAAUGAGAUAUACACAUUGAUUAAAUGCGAUCCACAUCUGAAUGACACAAAGGAGCUGAUUAAGGAGUUAAACAAAACCAAUGGAUUAUUCAAAUUUGUUAGAACUAUGAGAGAGAAAUUUCUUGAAGCUGCAGCACAUGGCACUUCCCUACGCGAACUGUCUAUCAACCAAGACUCUUCAACAAUUUCCUCGUCUGGCCUGGUUGCUUCAUACUCAACUGAUCAGACAUAUGAAUCUCCAAUCGCAAACGAAGGGCUUCAAAUUGGUAAGUCUGGCAGCAAUAUAAAGAAAGAUAGGAAGGGAAACAAAAUUCUCUUUUCCCGGUCUCCUUAUUCUCUUCGGGAAUCUGCACGUUCGAAGGUCAAGAAAUGAUCCUAAUCGUUGCCGUAUAUCAGAUGUUUAUUAUAAGGAUCGAGACAGUAUGCUCUUCUACUUGCAAUUGCUACCCUGACAAUUGCAAAGAACGAGUUAGUGUGCCAUAUAGCCGAACUAGUAUGAAUUAACUUGCCUAGUCUAGUGUGCUACAUAACCGAUACAGAUGAUGUAGUAUAAGUUUCUUGUACUAUUGACGUAAUUCGUAGGCUCUACUGAUCAAUGUUAAUCAGAUCGAUUUUUUCUUAGUAUGAACGGUAUUUGUGUUUGGUUGAAUAUCUACAAAUACCUUGUAUAAUGUUCACCAGGCACGUCCAGAUCACAUCCAGCAGAAUGAAGAAAAAAGGUUCUGCAAAUGGACAUCUGCAGGAUUUUUUCUCGGUUUGAACUUUGAGGAUCGUCUGGUUAUUCAGUGGUUUCACGUCAACUCAUAUGUCGAGCCAAAAGGACAGUGCAGGGAAUUUGGUAAGUCCGGAAAAAGAAAAGGUCUCGGGACGCCAUGAGAAAAGCUUCCAUUGAACUAUGCUUAGUAGACGAGCAAUGAGAUAUUGAGAUGGCUACAAACUGGUACCCUGGAAAUGUAUGAGUAUGAACUGUUUUUGAGUAAUAUCGACGAUUCUCCACUAUUAUAAAUCUAGGUACAUAUAGGAAAAAUGUACAGAAGUUUUCGAGGAGUUAUUCUACAUGCCGAGAUAAUUGCUCAAAGGCUUUUUCAGGUUACCGGACUUGCCUGUUCUCCUAUGGAUUGAGUUUUGGUUCGUACAUCUCGAAAGAUUAUCUCUUCUCCUCUUGUUGAUUUGACAGAGUUCUAUAUUUGGCGUAAGGUCAGAUUUUCAUUACUUUCCUGAAAGUUUUCAAUCCUAACUUGUCUCAAUGAAUGACAGGUGUUCGAAUUCAUAACUUCACGGUUAUUUUUGGAGUCUGUCGAUUGAGUUUUAAUUUGUUUAUUGCGAAAGAUUGUCUCCUCUCCUCUUGUUGGAUUGAUGAAGUUCAAUAUUUGGCGUAAAGUUGAUUUUUCUUUACUUUCUUGAAACAUUUGAAUCCUAACUUGUCCUAAUGAUGAUGAGUUCUUGAA